GGACCGUGGACAAGCACUCGGUGGAGGUCACCAACUGCUUCUCUGUCCCCCACAACGAGUCCGAAGAUGAGGUGGCAGUCGAUAUGGAAUUUGCCAAAAACAUGUAUGAGUUGCACAAGAAGGUGUCUCCUAGCGAGAUCAUCUUGGGCUGGUAUGCAACGGGCCAUGACAUCACGGAACACUCUGUCCUGAUCCACGAGUAUUACAGCCGGGAAGCGCACAAUCCAAUCCACCUGACUGUGGACACGAGUCUCCAGAAUUCACGCAUGAGCAUUAAAGCCUACGUCAGUGCCCCAAUGGGAGUCCCUGGUAAAACUAUGGGCGUGAUGUUCACACCUCUGACAGUGAAAUAUGUUUAUUAUGAUACAGAACGGAUAGGAGUGGAUCUUAUCAUGAAGACUUGUUUCAGCCCCAAUCGAGUGAUUGGCUUGUCCAGUGACUUACAGCAGGUGGGGUCAGCAUCAGCCAGGAUUCAGGAUACCCUGACCAUGGUGCUCCAGUAUGCAGAAGAUGUAUUGUCUGGCAAAGUGGCUGCUGACAACACUGUUGGGCGUUUCCUGAUGGAUCUUAUUAACCAGGUGCCAAAGAUUUCACCAGAGGACUUUGAGACAAUGUUGAACAGCAAUAUCAAUGACCUACUGAUGGUAACCUACUUGGCAAACCUCACACAGUCACAGAUUGCUCUCAACGAAAAACUCCUGAGUUUAUAAAGAGACUUCUGCCACCCUACACUUCAAAGAGCCUGAAGAAUGAGCAGAUACACUUUUCUAUGGUGGUGGUACAGAUUUCCUUGGACCGUAACUUAAUUACCUAGAUGACUUGGUUUACAUCUUUAUUUCCAUUGCCCUGCAAAAUCCCUAACACAGGUCAGGAGAUGAAAGGGAAUGGCUGCAUUUUAGUUGAACCCACUAUUUUAAAAAAGAAUAUGUGAAUCUUUUUUCUCCUGGGUUUAUCUACUUGUAUAACAAAAUGUACCUUUAUUGUAAGAAUGUAUUUGAAAUAAAAGUUCCAUUGCAAUGGCAA